AUGGGCAUCGUCAGUCUGAGAGGCAGAAAGAAGAACGUGCUGGUAGCAGUGGUGGUUUUGUACGUGCUAGUGUCGCUACAAUGGAGCAAUCUCCGGAUCGCGCAACAUUUCCAUAGGGGCUUCAAGACAUUGCUGCCGACCACGGGUCAUGUCGAUAAGGGCCUCAAUUUGAAGAAAUAUAGAGCAGUGGGCGCGCUGGAAGGUGAACGGGCCGCACAGAGGUUGCAAGACGGCGUCAAAGCCGGUAGAAACGGCGUGGAAGACCUGCGAGAGCAGUUGUCGCGGCAGUUUCCCUAUGACGCGUCGCAACCAAUGCCACGGCGGGUUUGGCAGACGUGGAGGGAUCCCUUGUCGUCGCCCAAGAUGCCCCCUGACUUCCGUCACUACGUGGGUUUGUGGACGGAAGCCGUAGACGAGGCACCAAGUUAUGAGUACGCGCUGGUGGCAGAUGAGAACAUCCCACCGCUACUAGAGAGUUUAUACGGCUCUGUGCCACAAGUACUGCAGGCUUUUGAGGCGUUGCCCCGCACGAUCAUCAAGGCAGACUUCUUCCGGUACCUGAUCUUGUAUGCGCGCGGCGGAAUCUACUCCGACAUGGACACGGAGCCCCUCAAGCCGCUGCAUACGUGGCCGUCCGUCAAUGGCACCAGCUGGAUUGACGUGUCCACGCCGGUAGCGUACAAAAACUACGAUUCGGCGACGGCGCCGCAGUUACAGGACCCGGGGUUCGUGGUGGGCAUCGAGGCCGACCCGGACCGUCCCGAUUGGCACGAGUAUUACGCGCGCCGCAUUCAGUUUUGCCAAUGGACCAUCCAAUCUAAGCCAGGUCAUCCGGUGUUGCGUGAAUUGAUCAUCAAUAUCACUGCUACCACGCUGGCAAGCGUCGAAUCCUACGACAAACGCGGUCGCCCCGCGUUCUUAGUGGACGAGGCGCAUGCAGACGACUACAAUGUCAAUAUGAGAGACAAGAAGCGUGCAGAUCCCACCGUCUCGCACGCAGAGAAGAAAAAUGCCAACAACAUUGAUGGUAGCGACAUUAUGAACUGGGCAGGGCCCGGUGUCUUUUCGGAUGCGGUGUUUGGCUACAUGAACAACUUGGUCCAAACCAACAACGACGUGCUCAUCCUCAACAAUAAUCUACGAGGCGGGCCGGAGUCCACGCAGAAAUACUAUCGAAAGAUUACAGAAGGGUUAGAAUCGGGUAAUUUUUUCCAAUGGGAGUUCUUCACGCGGAUGACAACACCUGCCAUUGUCGACGACAUCAUGGUGUUGCCCAUUACCAGUUUCUCACCCGACGUUGGUCAUAUGGGUGCGGGCACGAGUUCUGACGAGCUUGCACUCGUUCACCAUAAUUUCGGGGGCACCUGGAAGGACAAAACCGCAUGA